AGUGCGCGUGCGCGGCAGUUGCCUUGGCGACCGGGGAAGCGUUGGGCUGCAACGACUAGGGCGCGAGCCGCUGGCGAAGAAGGAAAACGGGGAGUCUCUGGCUGGGCUAGGGCCGUAGCGACGUCCACCGCGGACCGGGGCUCCCCACAGCUGCAGGGCGUUCGGUGUCGCCGAAGUAAACAUGCACCCUAAACCCUCGGAGCCUGCGGCAGGUGGGGCAGCAGAGCUGGAUUGCACGCAGGAGUCCGGCUUGGAGGAGUCUGCGGGUGACCACGGGAGCGCAGGCCCAGGGGGCUGCAAGGAAGAAAUUAAUGAUCCUAAGGAAAUAUGUGUGGGUUCUUCUGCCACAUCCUACCAAAGCCAGCAGAAACAGAGUGGUGAUAAUGGGUCAGGUGGUCACUGUGCACACCCAAGAGAAGACAGAGAAGAUCAGGGCCCCAGAAUGACUAAAAGUUCCCUGCAAAAACUCUGCAAGCAGCACAAGCUUUAUACUACCCCAGCAUUGAAUGAUACGCUGUAUUUACACUUUAAAGGUUUUGAUCGCAUUGAGAACCUGGAAGAGUACACAGGGCUGCGCUGUCUCUGGCUGCAGAGCAAUGGAAUACAGAAAAUCGAAAACCUGGAGGCGCAAACCGAGUUGCGUUGCCUCUUCUUGCAAGUGAACUUGCUCCAUAAGAUCGAGAACCUGGAAGCUCUGCAGAAACUGGAUGCUCUUAACCUCAGCAACAAUUACAUCAAGACCAUUGAAAACCUCUCCUGCCUCCCAGUCCUGAACACACUGCAGAUGGCCCACAAUCACCUGGAGACCGUGGAGGACAUUCAGCAUCUACGAGAGUGUUUGACGCUUUGUGUCCUUGACCUUUCACACAACAAGCUGAGUGACCCUGAGAUCCUGAGCAUUCUGGAAAGCAUGCCCGAUUUGCGUGUACUGAAUUUGAUGGGAAACCCGGUUAUCAGACACAUUCCUAAUUAUAGAAAGACAGUCACUGUACGACUAAAGCACUUAACAUACCUGGAUGAUAGACCAGUGUUUCCAAAGGACAGAGCUUGUGCGGAGGCCUGGGCUAGGGGAGGGUACGCAGCUGAAAAGGAGGAGAGACAGCAGUGGGAGAGCAGGGAGCGGAAGAAGAUCACAGACAGCAUUGAAGCCUUGGCCAUGAUCAAGCGGCGGGCGGAGGAGAGGAAAAGACAGAGAGAGAGUCAAGAGAGAGGGGAGACGACAUCUUCAGACGAUGGCGAGAACGUGCCUGCCAGUGGGGAAGGCAAGGAGGAGCCUCCCGGGGACAGAGAAACAAGGCAGAAGAUGGAGCUAUUUGUUAAGGAAAGCUUUGAGGCCAAGGAUGAGCUCUGCCCAGAAAAGCCAAGUGGAGGAGAGGAGCUGCCUGUGGAGGUUAAAAGAGAGGAUGGAGAUCGAGAGCCAGAGGGAACCCUCCCAGCUGAGACCCCACUACUGUCGCCACCUGUGGAGGUUAAAGGAGAGGACAGAGAUCAAGAGCCAGAGGGGACCCUCCCAGUUGAGGCCCCACUACUGUCGCCGCCUGUGGAGGUUAAAGGAGAGGACCGAGAUCAAGAGCCAGAGGGGACCCUCCCAGUUGAGGCCCCACCGCCGCUGCCCCUCGGAGCUGCCGGGGAAGAGUGGACUCCCCAGGCUGUGGCCGCUGAGGGUGGAUUCGUUACAGGACCUGAUGGGACGAGAAUGGAAGAUUUAGAAACUGUUAGACUGGAGACAAAGGAGACAUUCUGCAUCGAUGACCUACCUGACUUGGAAGAUGACGAUGAAACAGGCAAAUCUCUGGAAGACCAGAAUAUGUGCUUUCCGAAGAUUGAGGUCAUCUCGAACUCGAGUGAUGACAGUGACCCUGAACUGGACUACACGUCACUCCCUGUGCUGGAAAACCUGCCCGCAGACACUCUGUCAAAUAUAUUUGCAGUCUCUAAAGACACCUCAAAGGCGGCUCGGGCGCCCUUCACAGGCAUCUUUAUAAAAGAAGCUAAGAGGGACUUGGAAAUCCCAAAACAAGACACCGAGUCCCCACGACCCCUGAUCCAGGAGCUCAGCGAUGAGGACCCCUCUGGCCAGCCACCGAUGUCCCCCACCUGCCAAAGAGACGCCGCACCACUCACUUCCAGUGGAGACGGGGACAGCGACUUCCUUGCAGCCUCUUCUUCAGUGCCGACUGAGAGCGCCACCACACCCUCAGAGACGUGUGUCGGAGUUGCCCAGCCCAGCUCGCCCACGUGGGACCUCACUGCAUUCCCAGCACCGAAAGCAUCAUAGUUCCCCCCAGUUAUAUGUAGCAUAAAUGGUUUAAUUAUAAAUGUCUCCUUUAGGCAUGAUAAACAUUUUAACACCCACGCGAGUCGAUGUAUGAUUGGGCUAUCUCCUAUUUGUGUGAGUCACAUGCAAUUCCUUUCACCAGUCACCCUGAAAAAAGACUUUUCUCUUACUGUGUCAUCAGAAACCAGACAGACCCAGGUCCCUGCAAAAUCUCCAGUGGGCCUUUUCCCCACAGGAAAGCAGAAUCUUCCACUGCAGCUAGAGAAACUCAGAGGAUAAGGGACUUAAUGCUUCAGACAUCAAAAUGAGAAGGGGAGAGAGGAAAGAAAGGGGGGAGUCCGUGAGGCACAACGGAGAAUUCUCCCAAAGUGAUAUGACCAUGACCCUCUCCUCAGAGGGCACUAUCAAGAGCCCACAGGUGCCAGACCCACGUCCCGAGGGAGAAGGAACAUCAGCCAUCAUCUCUGUGCGUGAGCUCAGUGUCAGAUAGUUACUGUGGCGGGAUGCUGUCCAGCCUAAAAAAUGUGACCAUUCCAAUUCAUCUUCAGCUGACAAGUUUAUUUAAUCCCUGAACCUGGAUCCAAGGCAUCUCCCUGUACAAAACAUCAGACCGUGGCAGAGAUUGACAAAGCAACCCAAAACAGCAGCUACCGACGGCCGCCGUGCCCACCUCAGCAGCAGCUCUGUGGGGGCCUCACUCCACCCUCACCAAACACAAGGAGGAGCCAGCACUACUGCCCCAUUUCACCAGACAGGAAGGCACGAGAACUGAGACCUGCUUGAGGCCCCCACAGCUGGGGGGCAGCGGAGCCCUGUCUCCCAGCACAGACUAGAAUCCCAGUAACACAGGCCCGCCAGCACCUCCAACCUGCCUUUUGGGAUGAUCCUCAGGCGAAUAUACAAAAUACAGAAGAAACUACUAUUAUA